AUGUCUGAAAUCCACCGUGCCAGCACCACUGCCCCUGUCAAUAUCGCCGUCAUCAAGUACUGGGGAAAGCGCGACCCCAAGCUCAACCUCCCCACCAACUCCUCCCUCAGCGUAACUCUCUCGCAAGCGGAUCUGCGGACCCACACAACCGCGUCGUGCUCCCCUUCAUACCCGGCUGAGGACUCUCUUCUUCUCAAUGGUAGCCCGCAGGACGUCUCGGGUGCCAGGACUCAAGCUUGUUUCCGCGAGCUUAGAGCACUGAGGAAGCAGUUGGAGGACGGAAACAACGCACUGCCAAAGCUCAGCACAUUCCCACUCAGGAUUGUCAGUGAAAACAACUUCCCUACCGCAGCAGGGCUGGCGAGUAGCGCAGCAGGCUUCGCGGCGCUAGUUAGGGCCAUUGCCAAUUUGUACGAGCUGCCAUCUUCACCAACAGAUCUCUCGCGCAUUGCUAGGCAAGGGUCCGGGUCCGCAUGCAGGAGUCUCUUCGGCGGAUACGUGGGCUGGGAGCAAGGUUCUGCUGCCGAUGGAAGUGACAGCAUGGCAUUCCAAGUCGCACCGGCGGAACACUGGCCCAACAUGCGAGCUGUUAUUCUUGUCGUCAGCGCGGCCAAGAAAGGUGUCUCGUCAACAACGGGCAUGCAAACUACUGUUGCUACCUCAUCCCUCUUCGCAGCACGCGCGAGCGAAACCGUUCCAAGACGUAUGCAGGAAAUGCAGAAAGCGAUACAAGAUAAAGACUUUGAAACUUUCGCCAAGGUCACCAUGAUGGACAGCAACAGCUUUCAUGCUACCUGCCUGGAUACAUACCCACCCAUCUUUUACCUGAACGAUGUGUCCAAGGCGGCCAUCAAAAUUGUGGAGAGCAUCAAUGAAGCAGCGGGCAAGAUAAUUGCAGCAUACACGUUCGAUGCUGGACCAAACGCCGUGGUGUAUUAUCUCGAGGAGAACGAAAAAGAGGUUGCUGGACUGUUCAAGAGCAUUCUGGGUGAGAAGGAGGGAUGGGCAGGCCAGCGGGGACAAGCUGUUCCUAUCAAUGAUGAAGCGAGGGACAAAGUCGUCGUUGACGCAGCGGUCGCUGUGGGCUUGUUGGAAGAGGGCGUUAGUAGGGUUAUCUUGACUGGUGUGGGAGAGGGACCGGUCAAGACGGACGAGAGUUUGAUCAACGAGAAGGGCGAACCCAUCUCUUCUUCGUCAUGA